AGCGGGCCCGGGGCUGGGCUCCUCCCUGCUCUACCCCCUUGCAUGGGGCUCCCAUUGGUGAGAAAUAUCGCACGGAGCCUGCCCCUAACUUGGCCGCUGUGCUUUAAGCGCUGCCCGAGGGGGAAGCUGAAUAAGGGGCUUUCGCCCGCCCACCGCUCAGGAUUUCCAGUAAGGCCAAGGCCAGGCGGCUCUGUCUGCCCCUUGCCCAGCCCCUCACUAAACCGCCGCUGUGCCCUGGGGGCUGCCGGGCUGGACCCCCUGCCUCCAGCUUCUCGGGCCGCAGAGAGAGGGCGGGAACAGCGUUGGACCUACAAGUCACUCGCUCGGCUCCCUACUGCAGGGGCUGCUCCCCAGACUGAGCCCGGCACGCUGCCGGGGCUGGCGGCUGUAACCUGGCCGCGCUCUGCGGGGAGCCAUGCGGAUCUGGGAGAGGCUGAGUUUGGGGCUCGCCUCAAAAGGGGCUCCCGUGUGGGCUGCCCUGCUCCUUCUCCUGGGCUGUUACAUGAGGACUGCCCACGCCUACAACCUAGACACACAGCACCCCGUGGUCUUCAAGGGGCUCAGUGGGACAUUAUUUGGCUAUUCGGUUGUCCUGCACAGUCAUGGCACUAGUAGAUGGUUGGUUGUGGGAGCCCCUAAAGCCAACUGGUUGGCAAAUAGCUCUGUGGUCAAUCCAGGUGCAAUUUUCAGAUGCAGGAUUGGGAGCAACCCCAGUGGGACUUGUGAACAGCUCCAGCUGGGCAAUCCAGCAGGAGACUCUUGUGGAAAGACCUGUUUUGAAGAGAGAGAUAAUCAAUGGCUGGGUGUCAGCUUGUCCAGGCAGCCAAGGGAAAAUGGAACCAUUGUUGCAUGUGGACAUAGGUGGAAAAAUAUAUAUUACAUAAAAACUGAACACAAACUCCCUAAUGGCGUUUGUUAUGAAAUCCCUCCUGAUUUUCGAACACAACUAAGUAAAAGAAUAAGUCCUUGCUAUAAAGAUUAUGUGCGAAAAUUUGGAGAAAACCAUGGGUCAUGUCAGGCUGGGAUCUCUAGUUUUUACUUUAAGGAUUUAAUUAUAAUGGGAGCCCCAGGAUCAUAUUAUUGGACUGGUUCUGUCUUUGUGUACAAUACCACUGCGAAAACCUCUCAAGCUUAUACAGAUUCGAGGAACCAAGUAAAAUUUGGAAGUUACUUAGGAUAUGCUGUUGGAGCUGGCCACUUUCUGACACCAGCUAGUACAGAAGUAAUUGGAGGAGCUCCCCAACAGGAGCAGACUGGUAAAGCAUACAUUUUUAGCAUUGGGACAAGGGCAUUAAAUAUUCUGUCUGAACUAAAGGGUAAAAAGCUUGGUUCUUAUUUUGGAGCUGCUGUUUGCGCAGUGGAUCUGAAUACCGAUGGCCUCUCAGACUUACUGGUUGGCGCUCCAAUGCAAAGUAAAGUCAGAGAAGAAGGAAGGGUUUAUGUUUACAUCAACUCAGGUUCUGGAGCAGAGAUGCUAGAAUUGGAGAUAGAACUAGUUGGGAGCGACUCUUAUGCAGCGAGGUUUGGCGAAUCUAUAGCUAAUCUAGGAGACAUUGAUAAUGAUGGUUUUGAAGAUGUUGCCAUUGGGGCUCCCCAGGAAAAUAAUCUAGAAGGAGCAAUUUAUAUUUAUAAUGGCAGGAAGGAUGGGAUAUCUUCAUCCUUCUCGCAGAGAAUACAAGGACACAGAAUCAGCAACACUUUAAGCAUGUUUGGACAAUCCAUAUCAAGUGGCAUUGAUGCAGAUAACAAUGGUUAUCCAGAUGUAGCAGUUGGUGCCUUUCUCAACGAUUCUGCCGUGCUGCUGAGAACAAGGCCAGUGGUGGUUGUUGAAGCUUUUUUAAAACACCCUAAUGCUGUAAAUCGAACUAAUUUGGAAUGUGCGGAAAAUGGCCAGCCUGCUGUGUGUGUGAAUUUAAUGCUUUGCUUUACCUAUAAAGGACGAGACGUUCCUGGUUAUGUUGUACUGCUUUAUGACCUGAGCAUAGAUGUAAGCAGAAAAACAAACACUCCUGCAAGAUUUUACUUUUCUUCUAAUGGAACAUCAGAUAUGGUCUCAGGAAGUAUGGAGAUUUACAACAGCAAUGUUACCUGCAAAAGUCAUCCAGCAUUUUUGAAGAAAGAUGUAAGGGAUAUCCUGACUCCUAUACACAUUGAAGCAACUUAUCAUCUUGGGCAUCAUGUUAUAAUGAAAAGAAGUGUGGAGGAAUUCCCGCCACUUGAACCAGUUCUUCAGCAGAGGAAAGAAAAAGACAUUAUAAAAAACAAGAUGGUUUUUGCAAGAUUUUGUUCCAGAAAAAACUGUUCUGCUGACUUGACAGUUUCUGGAAAACUUGCAUUUCCAAAACCUCAUGAAAAGAAAAUGUAUCUUUCAGUUGGAAGUAUGAAGACUUUACUCUUGAAUAUAUCUCUGAGCAAUGCUGGAGAUGAUGCAUAUGAAACUGCCCUCCACAUACAACUCCCUAAAGGUCUUUAUUUUGUCAGAGUUCUAGAACUGGAAGAAAAACAGAUACAUUGUGAAAUAUCAGAUAAGAAAGCUCAUGCAGUGAGACUUGACUGCAGUGUUGGGUAUUUAUAUGUAGAUCAUCUGUCAAAGAUGGAUUUUAGUUUUCUCUUGGAUGCAAGCUCACUUACCAGGGCAGAAGAUGACCUCACCAUCACAGUUAAUGCUACCUGUAAAAAUGAAGAGGAUAACGACCUGCUGUUGGAUAACUCCAUAGCUUUAGUCAUACCUCUGAAACAUGAGGUCGAGCUAAAUGUCCACGGAUCUCUAUCACCCGCUUCAUUUGUUUAUGGAUCCAGUGAGGAAAAUUCACCAAUUAAUUGCAUGAAGGAGAAGAUCAACUUCACUUUCCAUGUUAUCAGUGCUGGACCGAGCAUGGCUCCUGCUAUAGCUUUGGAGAUAAUGGUUCCUAAUUCUUUUGCACCAAGAGAUGAAAAGCUGUUUAACAUUCUGGAUAUCCAGACAGCUGAUGGAGAAUGUUUUCAUAAUAAUUAUACAAGAGACUGUACUUUACCAGAAAAAAAUGGACAUAUGAACAUAUUAAAAGAUCUCGUCAUUUUCUUUUCAAAACCUACCAAGAGGCGAGUGUACUGCAUGAAAGAAGAUCAUUCAUGUUUACGAAUACUGUGUAAAUUUGGAAACAUGGAAAGUGGAAAAGAAGCAAUUGUCCGAAUGCAACUGGAAGCUACUCCUUCAGUUUUAGAAAUGGAUGAGGCAUCAUCACUUAAGUUUGAAAUAAGUGCUACAGUAUCACCAGAAAAAAAUCCAAAAGUCAUUGAACUACACAAGGAAAGGCAAAUUGCACAUGUCUUUCUGGAAGGACUACAUAACCAAAAGCCAAAACCUCAUGUUACCAUGCUGAUUAUUGGGAUAGGUUCAGUACUUGGCAUUUUAUUGUUUUUGCUUAUAGUGCUGUUAUUAUGGAAGAGUGGCUUCUUUAAAAGACGUUAUCAACCUCUCCCUCAAGAGCCCCAAAGAGGAAGUUGGAACUUCGUAAACAGCAAUAAGGAGGGCUAAGAUGACAAUUAAAGACUUCUUUCAAAUGAUGAAUUUCAGGCUCAGUGUGACUUACAUGCUGAACAGUGAUGAGAGAAAACGGAUGCUGAGUCUGUUGUUUACUCUUGGUGUUAGAAUAUACAUUUGAUUUUGCUGAUCUGUGGAGGAUUACACCUAAAUGUAGCAUCAUCUUACUAAAAUACAAAUGACAAUCGGAUCUUCAAAUAAAGAAACUUAAUAGUAAUAUCUGAAAUACCAGAAAUAUUCAUCUCUUCAACUGCAUACAAGAACACUAAGCAGAUAAAAUGAAGAAUUAUUUACCCGAAGAAGAGUACAGUAUUAUCAACCAUUUUUUGGGUAAUGAGAUCUCAGUGGUUGGCUAUGGGGUGACUCAUAACUCAAUUAGCUUUCAACUUUCAUUUCAUUUUUAACUAGAGACUUAGAUGAGAUCCUCAUCCCACUAUGGCACCUUUACACUGGGUAAAAGGCCUGAAGUGGCCAAGGGAGGAAGCCUCCAGUGCAUGCAUUGUAGAAGACAGCCACAAGGCCUUCUGAACACUCCUGCAGGCUCUGGACUAGGGCACAUAAUUACAGCACUAUAGAGGUCUUGGGUAGUCUUGUAGUCCAUAGGACACCCUGGGAGGCUGCUGUAAUUUAGACAGACCUCCAGGGCUGUCUAAAUUAUGCCAGGGGCUUCUCCAGUUUCAGGAGAGUCCAGGACUGGGAGGAUGCAAAGGUGGCUUUAAAACCACAUUGGCUUUCCCUUCCCUGGGCUGGGAGUUCUGUGCUGAGCCUCUAAAAGGGGCAGCAUAAAAUCUUACCAUUAAUUGAUGUGCAUGGAAAGAUUUUUUGUGCUGAUCAGCACCGAAAACUCAAUGUUCUGUCAAGGAUGCAUGACAUUGAGGGUUACCUUGAGAAGAGUCAAACAUUUGAGGCUAUCCGUAUCAACCAUCCUUAACAUAGUAUUAGCUGAUAAGGCCAGGAGCAUACAGUUAAUUCUGUUUCUCCCUCUUUCUCCUCAAACACCAAGAGCAUGAGGUUUUGGAGCGAAAGACAUUCAUGUGUUAUCCUGAACAAUUAUUAUUUGCAAGUGUUUCAAUAAUGCUCAGCAUUAUAGUAUUUAAGGACACUUCCAGUAGCAGACAAAAGAGGCUCUGAUGGAAAAUUUAAAAAACCUUAACUCCAUAGGGUUAAUUCCAUCCUCAGAUGUGCAACCCCAGCCCAAAAGUUGCUAUCCUCUGAAACCUGUAUAAUGAAAUAGUUUGGAUAUCUAAGUUCAGUUCUUAGUGGAUAUGUCUUCAGCUUAAUGCCACCAUUGCAAUUGGCACUCAAGAGUGGCAGUAAAAAGGAAAAAACUGAAUUUUUAUGAGGACUGAAUUGCUCCUACAGGAGAUCCUUUCAGAUUCUUAGAAAGAUACUAGCAAUGCCACCUACUUUAAGUACACUGAUACCUGUUUUGGGGGGGAAAGGAUUUCGUUCUCUGGGCUAUGCACCAUCUCAUCCAAGUGCUAAAUUCAUCUUAAACUUACUCUCCCCUAGUAAUGCCAACACAUACUAUUUCCUAUGGCUCAUCUUUGUCCUUUCUCUGCUGUCGUUCUGGACUGCUAGUAGAAAACUUAGUUCCGGCAUCUUUUUUUUAAUGUAAUAAAUGUGGACAUCACACAAACUGAUUAUGCAACAUCACUUGGUAAUAAAGCUCCAGAGUUAAUAGCAACAACCAUUGCCUGCAACAAAUGAUUUUGCUAAUAGAGUUAUAUACAUUUUUCCAAAGUGGCUUUUUGACCUAAGCUAAAGAAUCAAAAGGUAACAGAGCCUGAUGUUCCACAGAGGGCCAAGCACCUGUAGUUUUCAUUUACUUCAGUUGGUGUCAUGGGUGCUUCCAGACUUCUGAAAAACUGAUCUCAUCUCAAGGCAUUGGCUUUCUGUUCUAAAAUAUUCUGCAUUAUAUUAAGAACAGACAAAUGUGUACAUACAGAAAGAAGAUCUUAUUUUUAGAACAAUGUGCUAUGAGUGAAAUAUUUCAUCCUUAAAAACUAAACUAUUUGCAAAAUGUAUAUUCUAAAAAGGACUUUUAAAGAGUAUAGAGCCAAAUGAAUUAUUGCACUUUAAUCAAAAAGUAUUUGAACAGGUAUUCUAAUAUAGGGUGUUGUGAGAACUGUACCUCAAAUACUGAAAGCAGCAUUAAAAUUGCUUUAAUACAAACAAUGCAAGGAAAUUAGAUUAAAAAGGAUUUUUUUGGAAUAGCUUUAGUGAGUAACUAAAUACACAAGUGUUACUUGGAAAUUGCACAGUGCUAUUAGUAUGUAAACAUUGAUCAGGUAUUUCUCUGAGAUAUUCGGCAAAAUUCAAUUAAUUUAAUAAACAAACAUUGAGGUUUAAUCUAAAUAAGUAAAUGAAAAAUGUGAAUGUAAGAUUUCCUGAUGGCAGCAUGUUUAUUAAUAAAUGAUUGUUCAACUGAAUUUUAUAAUAAAAACAACUGUGCACACUA